AGGCAGGUCGCUGUCGAGACCGGAAGGGGCGGGGCGAGUGAGCAUGCACAUGCGCAAUGCGCUUCCGCGGCCUGUGCAGCCCCAUACUCCCAGGAGUGCACGUGGAGCUGCACCUACCCUAGAGCUGUGGCUAGGCGUGCUUCGGUUUGGGCAUGGGGCGCAAGUUGGACCCAACGAAAGAGAAGCGUGGGCCGGGCCGAAAGGCCCGAAAACAGAAGGGCGCCGAGACGGAGCUGGUCAGAUUCCUACCUGCAGCAGCUGCUGAGGAAAAUUCCAAGAGACUGUCCAGUCGUGCUAGAAAGAGGGCGGCCAAGAGAAGGUUGGGGUCUAUUGAAGCCUCUAAGACAAGUAAACCUCUAGGGACCAAACUGUCACCUGGAGAGCUACGGAAAGAAGCAGUCCAGACACCUGGUAAGAAGGGAGCACAGUCCUCAUUUAACACCACUCAAGGCAAGAAGCGUCCAGCACCAGCCCACAGCAGUGAUGAGGAAGAGGAGGAGGAAGACUCUGAGGAGGAUGGCGAGGUGGAGCAGAGGGCCCUGUGGGACUCUGAGGACAGUGAUGCUGAGAUGGUAGAUGACUAUGGAGCUAACUUGAACUCAGAGGAUGAGGGUGAAAAGUUGCUGCCUAUUGAAAGAGCUGCUCGGAAGCAGAAGGCUCAGGAAGCUGCUGCUGGGGACCAAUGGAGUGAUGAGGAGAUCGAUGAAGAGGAAGAAAUGUCCCCUGAGUCAGGCUCCACAAAGGAUGAGGCAGAUAGGGGCCUGCAGAUUAAUGUGGAUGAGGAGGAGUUUAUACUGCCCCCUGCUGGGGAGAUGGAGCAGGAUACCCAGGCUCCAGACCUGCAACGAGUUCACAAGAGGAUCCAGGACAUAGUAGGAGUACUGCGUGAUUUUGGGGUGCAGCGUGAAGAAGGCCGAUCUCGUUCUGAGUAUCUGAACCGACUUCAGAAGGAUCUGGCCACUUAUUACUCCUAUGGAGACUUCCUGCUUGGCAAGCUCAUGGAGCUCUUCCCUGUGUCUGAGCUCAUAGAAUUCUUGGAAGCCAAUGAAGUCCCUCGGCCCAUCACCCUCAGGACCAAUACCUUAAAAACCCGGCGUCGAGACCUUGCUCAGGCACUAAUUAAUCGUGGAGUUAACCUGGAUCCCUUGGGCAAGUGGUCAAAGACUGGACUUGUGGUGUAUGAUUCUUCGGUGCCCAUUGGUGCUACUCCUGAGUACUUGGCUGGGCACUACAUGCUACAGGGAGCCUCUAGCAUGCUGCCAGUCAUGGCCUUGGCGCCUCAGGAACAUGAACGGAUCCUGGACAUGUGCUGUGCACCUGGAGGAAAGACCAGCUACAUAGCUCAACUGAUGAAGAACACAGGGGUGAUCCUUGCUAACGAUGCCAAUGCCGAGCGGCUGAAGAGUGUUGUGGGCAACCUGCAUCGCCUGGGAGUCACCAAUGCCAUUAUCAGCCACUAUGAUGGGCGCCAGUUCCCUAAGGUGGUGGGCGGCUUUGACCGAGUCCUGUUGGAUGCUCCCUGCAGUGGCACUGGGGUCAUCUCCAAGGACCCCGCUGUGAAGACCAACAAGGACGAGAAGGAUGUCUUGCGCUGUGCUCACCUUCAGAAAGAGCUGCUCCUGAGUGCCAUUGACUCUGUGAAUGCUGCUUCCAAGACUGGUGGCUACUUGGUGUACUGCACCUGCUCCAUCAUGGUGGAAGAGAAUGAGUGGGUGGUGGAUUAUGCCCUGAAGAAGAGGAAUGUGCGGCUGGUGCCCACAGGCCUGGACUUUGGCCAGGAAGGCUUUACCCGCUUUCGAGAAAGGCGCUUUCAUCCCACCCUGCGUUCCACUCGGCGUUUCUACCCCCACACCCAUAAUAUGGAUGGUUUCUUCAUUGCUAAGUUCAAGAAAUUCUCCAAUUCUAUCCCUCAGGCUGAAAUAGGAAAUUCUGCAACAGGCACCUCUAAAAACCUAGAUUUGCCAGACCUGAAAGGUCAGGACUCUUCCAAAUCUGAGAACAGCAGCCAGCCAGCCAAAAAAGCCAAAGCAGCCACCAAAGCAAAGCCACUGUUGCAGAAGGGUCAACGUCCCAAGAAGGCCUCCUUCCAGAAGCUGAAUGGCAUCUCUGAAGGGGCAGACUCAGAAUUGUCCACUGUGCCUUCUGCUACAAAGGCCCAAAUGUCCUCCAGGCUCCAGGAUAGCAGUCAGUUCCUUGGAAAAGCUAAUGUGCCCAAGAAACCAAAGAGGACUGGGAAACUAAAGGGACAGGCACAGAAAUCACAGUCCUCCGAGAAAGCUGCUUCCUUGAGACAGUCCACCCUGCCCAAGGGUAGGGACACUGGAACACCUUCUCUGCCAUCCCUCUCUGAGACUCAGGCCACCCCCCGGCUGAACGAGCAUGGUCAGACCCUUGGAAAGGCCAAAGGGGCUGGGAAAAAAGCCAAAUUCCAGAAAGAGAAUGGCACUCCCAAGGACCCUCAGGUCCACACUGUGUCCCCGCUCAAGUCCAGCCGGCCCCCACCAGCAAAGAAAAGGAAGACUGCCUCUGGGAGUAACCGGCAGCGGCUGUUUUCCUAGGCCUUGAGAAUAGCCUGGCCUGGCUCGAUGCCCUCGUCGCUGGGUUGGAAUGCUGCUUUCUCCUGUGACUUCCCCACUGUGCAUACAUAUGAAAUUUAAUACACAUCUUACCACC